AUGGUGGCGGUAGGCAAGUUUCUCGUGAGGAAAAUCCGUAGUUUUUUUGGCGCGGUUGACCGCGCGCUCUUCUUCAUUACGUGUUGGAUCUCCGUGAACCCGGUACGCGAAACGAGCCUCUCUGAACAAGACGAGCUUGUCGAUGGAGGAAACCUAUUCCUGACUCGGCUGGAGAGCGGCCUAGAACCGAAGCUACGUCAUUCUUCCGUACAGAAGAUACGUGGUGAUGAGGCGCUAGCUGGAGGCAUCGCACCUGGGCACGAUGUGUCAACCAAAGGGACAUGCUCGGGGCCACAUGACCUGCCCCAAAAGCCAAGUGAUGCCGCGCGUUUUCCAACGUUUCGUGCUGCGCAGAAAGCGACGAAGGAUGGACGGGGGCCGUCUCUCGACAAGCACCCGGUUGUGGACGGACGUUCCUCGCCAGCUGCGCACGGCGCGCGACCAAAGCAUGCGCGUACCCCCACGAGAAAAGUGUGGCGCCAACAUCGCUUUCGACGUGUCGACGCUGAUGCUGUCGACGAUGCUUAUCCCAGAAAUAAAGCACCGGCUGCACCGAGCGAGACAUUUUCCCGUACGGACACCAAGCAAUGGAUCCGAGAAAUCCGGGAUAUCUACGCGAGUCGUAUUUCGUUUCCGCGGCACAAGUACGAGGUAUUCCGCCCUUCGCAGCUGAAUUUUGUAGUCAUCACGCUUUGGGGGCUCAUCUUUGUAGCGGUAGCGCUCGUGAUUGCUGUCAUUAUUUACACGCGCGCGGUGAACUCCGAUUACUUUCUUUAUUCAACAACGUUUCUCUAUGUGGCAACAAUUGGCAGCAUGACCGAAUCUGCAAUAUCCCUUCUGCUUUACCUGUUCUUCUACGCGCGAGUCGCCCUGGUGCCGGCACGGGAACGCACACGCAUCCAGUACGUCAUCGCUGCGAUGACGCUGGUGCUCUUCUGGCAAACUGAGCCGUUGACUGCUCUGCUCCGACUCGCUGAUAAGGGUCGACUGACAACCCGUGUGCCGCGAGUAGUUGUCGCGUUCCAGUUAGUAGGCAACUCUGCGUUUUACAUCGGUACCAUUGGUUUCAUGCUUGUUGUCUGCCACCUUUACCGAAUUCGCGAAACGCUGCCUCUUAACUGGCUGAUCUUCUUGGGUCCCAAACUUGUUCUCGUUUGCACACUCCUGGCGCUCAGCUUUGUACUGUUUUUCGUUGGUCGUGUGAUGCCGUCACGCUUGCCGUUGCUGUCGCUCAUCGCUCUAGCUCGUGCGGGACGCGCAACAGGUCUCUGGGCUCGGAAAGCACUCAGCAUCGUUGCGGUGCUUACGUUGUGUGAGCUCUACGCGCUCGUUGCGGUCCUGUACGAGAUCCGCCGCACCUGGCGCUGUUUGAACACAGAGCCGUACACCACGUCGCGGGCGCGACAACUCGGAUUCCGGCUCUUUCUCUACACCACCGGCUUGGCGUAUUUUGUUUUAUGGAUACUCUUAAUCCUUAUUGUUUCCAUUUGUCCUAUGAGUUUCAGUAUCGCUUACUACUACAUCAUGCUCUCAUAUGAUCGGCUUCCAUCCUUCUACACCGACAACAGUCGAGUAGAACGCUUUCUUGCCUCUGUUUACUUCAAUCCGCUCUUUUCGUCCUCUCUGUACUUUAUUCUGAAUUCCAUCACCAUCGCGAUAAUGAUUUGCAAUGUACUGAUUUACUUGCCUCCGGAGACACCCGCACUGUUCGCGAAAAUCGUCUGUUGCCUCGCUACGAGCCGCAAAGACGUUCUGUCUAAUUAUCUGUGUUGUCGCGAUGAGCCGCGACCGUUCUUCCGCUGGGGUCCACGCCAAACCUCCCACGGUACCGUAGAUGCACCGCCGUCGAUCGCUUCGUUGCCAACUGGACAAGGCGUGACGCGCUGCGACGCAUACCCGGUCUCGUGUCCGAUCGAGGCUCAAGUACAGGCACCGAACAUCAUGGCACCGGUGGGUUCUUCAAAGCCCGUUGCCGGAACUUCAUUGGAUACGCUGACGACGAAUGAUGCCACCAUGGCGAGCACCAACGAAAACCAGUUGCAUCGGGCUCAAGCAGGACUCUGGAAGCCCAACGGGGAUACGCCCUCGAGAGACUCUGGUACUGCGGGCGCAUUAGCAACCCGUAUACCCGUGUUGCGACGCUACGUGUUCUCUGUCGAGACCAUGGUGGAGCAGUUCAACCUAUCGUGGCUCGCCUACGUUCUAGAUCCUGCAAGGUGCUCUGGGCGUUUCAUCCAGUCGCAACGUUUCUGGCGCGACUCGCUUGAACUCUUCUACGACGCCGCCACCGAUACGCUGGGAUACAUCCUGGAGGCCGACGAUCGCAUCGUUCUUUCGUUCCGCGGGACUCGUUCCCGCCGCAACCUCCAAACAGAUAUGCAGACUCGUCUGGUGCCUCUGCGCUUCCCGAACGGGGAUAUGGAUCACGCUCUCUAUCAGUACCUGCUCCGUUGCGGAAAGUACUACAAUCGAAAAGAUGCCCGCUGGAGUCCAGUAAUGCACAUCUCCGAUACGGCACUGCGACUAGAGCGGUACCUUCGAUUUCGCGCUCGCUCCGACCGACCGCGGGUGCACGAGGGUUUCCUUGCCAGCUACCUCACGUUGUGUGAAGCGCUUGAGCGAGCGCUGACCCAGCGCUAUCAAAGGAAUCCCCGGCCGGUGCUCAUCUCUGGUCACUCGUUGGGCGGGGCACUCGCGAACCUCGCUGCGCUGCAUCUCGCCAUUCACCUGCAGCUUGGUCAAGACUCGUUGAUGUUGACGACCUUUGGCUCACCACGAGUAGGCGACCUCCAUUUUGCGCGACUGCUGGACUAUUUGGUGCCCAUUCAUUUCCGUGUGACGAAUGCUGCCGAUGUUGUGGCACGGCUGCCGUUCACGGGCCUCGGUGGAUGGUUCGCCUGCGGGGGCGCAGCGUACGCCCACGCUGGAGUCCAGGUGCUCUUGAACAAGCAUGGACUGCUGCGGGUGGAUCCCUCGGUCGUUGAGCUGGAGUUCCAGUUUCGAGUUGGAGCCUACAUUGAGCCCCAUCUCAAGCGCGGAUAUAAGCGCAGCAUCGAAGCCUGGGCGCAACGCUCCGGGAAUGACGGAUGGCAACCCGACUUGUGGGUAUUCCCCAAGAAGAAGAGGAUGUUCGGCCUUGGAAGCGGGCCGCAAGAAGAGAACGACAUUGUGCUGGAUACAGGUGAAGAUGAAAUCAAAGAAGAUGAAAGCACGAGCAAGGUUCAUGAAAUGAUCGAAGCGGAAGCGGCACUUGAGGAGAAUAUGGACGUUCUCGCCAAUGAAGGAGAAAUUCGAAACCUUGUGCGCGGCAUGACUUGGCGUGUGCUUUCUCAGGGCUGGUUGUCAUCGUCCUGA